AUGGCGAAGGCCGGGAUGUGCGCCACGGGCUCGCGCCCCGCCGCGCGCGCCGCCGUCGCUCAGGCCAGGCCGCGGGUCGUUGCGGCGCGCGCGACGACGGGCGGCGGCGUUUCGUUCCUCCAGAAGCUGGGCCGGACACUGAAGGAGAAGGCCGAGGCUGACAUCGGGCGGCUGUCGGGGGGCAUGGAGAAGACGCGGACGAAGCUCAGUGUGGUGGACGAGCUCUUCCAGUACUGGAACCUCGAGGACGCGGAGGACCAGCUCGAGGAGCUCGAGGAUAUCCUAAUCUCGGCUGACUUUGGGCCCAAGACUGCGCUCAAGGUGGUCGACGCCAUCCGCGAAGACGUCCUCGAGGGCCGGCUCCGCGACGGCAAGGAGGUGCAGCGCGAGCUCAAGAAGGCCAUCGUCGACGUCCUCAACGUCGGCGGCGACAGCGCCCUGAACCUCGCUGGCGAGCCCUCGCCCGCCGUGCUCUUCAUCGUCGGGGUGAACGGCGGCGGGAAGACGACGACGAUCGGCAAGCUCUCGCACAAGCUGCAGUCCAACGGCGUGUCGUGCAUGCUCGCGCCGGGCGACACGUUCCGCGCGGCGGCCGCGGAGCAGCUCGCGGAGUGGGGGAGGCGCAGCGGGGCCGACAUGUCGGACUUCGAGGAGGGCGCGAAGCCGAGCGGGGUGCUGUACAAGGCGGUGGAGCAGGCGCGGAAGCAGGGCAAGGACGUGCUGAUCUGCGACACGUCGGGGCGGUUGCACACGAACGUCAACCUGAUGAAGGAACUGCAGGGGUGCAAGGUGGGUGUGGAGAAGGCGCUGGGGCGCGCGCCGGACGAGGUGCUGCUGGUGCUGGACGGCACGACGGGCCUCAACAUGGUCAACCAGGCCAAGGAGUUCAACGAGGCCGUCGGGCUCACGGGCCUCAUUCUGACCAAGCUGGACGGCACGGCGCGCGGCGGCGCCGUCGUGUCGGUGAUCGACCAGCUCAAGGUGCCCGUGAAGUUCGUCGGCGUCGGGGAGGGCCUCGAGGACCUCCAGCCCUUCGUCCCGGAGAACUUCGUCGACGCCCUGUUCCCCAAGAUCUAA